AUGAAUGUAGAAUCACUUCACAUCGACUCUGAUGCCCAGUUCUAUGUUCAGCACCUGAUCCGCAAGCUUGGAAGUGAAGCCUACAUUGGACAACGAGCAAUACUUUCAGUUUCUGAGAGAAUUUCUGUACUAGCUGAAAGUUUGCUUUUCUUAGAUCCAUUUGAUGAUUCUUUUCCCAGCACGCAUGAAUGCAUGUUCAAACUGAUCCAGCUUAUUGAGUUUCUGAUAUCAGACUACUUGCUAAUGUGGUUAAGAGGCGACGGCUUUGACAAGAUGCUGUUCGAAGAGUGGGUGGCAUCAAUUCUCCAUGUGCGGAAAGCAUUGGAACUUUUGGAAAGCAGAAAUGGGCUUUAUGUGCUUUACAUGGAUCGAGUCACAGGUGAAUUGGCUAAACAAGUAGGACAGUCUUCAUCACUCCAGAUGCUCAAACCGGAGAUUCUUGAUAAUCUGUUCCACUGACUACAUCUUUGCAUGUUACUUCUGAGAAAUACAUGACAAACGCGAGAUGGAUAUUCUCCUUCUCAGUCACCGCUCUCCUCUCAUUCUCUCACUUUCUUCCAAAUUUGGCUCGCGAAAGCGCUUUGAAUCCCCACAGUAGAGUUCCCGGCCAACAAGAGAGACAAUUGACAGGCAGUUCAUUUUACAAUCGGAAGCUUGGAGUUUACAUUAAAAAGAGGUGGAGAUUCCGAGCACGUGCUGGUGGCAGAAAAUCUUCAGCCAUUCGAAAUCGGCUCUCUUCCUUCAAUGUUGGCUUUGUUAUUUGCUUCUCCCUUUUCCUCGGUUUCUUCACGUUGUAGUUUGUGCGUGACAGAGUAUGUGAGAACUAAAUGUUGAGCUGCAUGCCUGCAUGCAUUUUAGUUCAUCUUCAAACACAUGAGAUAAUGUUGGUUAAUUCGAAUAAACUUUUA